AUGGUGUCGUAUUUAUGUGCAGCAAAAAUAACCCAUCGUGGUGUUUCUAACCCGAUUAAGAAAAAAAUGUUGCGUAAAAGUGAUAUCCCUCGAGCGGCCCUUAAUGAAAUUUCGAUCAAAAGAACCAUUUCUACAGCAAUAAAAUUGGUUAACUAUAAUUACUAUUUUGGGGUUCGAAGAAAUGAAAAAGGGGCCUACAGAUUUUUUCACCAUAGGAAUAAAUUAAGUAGCCAUUUUUUUGAAGGCAAAAAAGAACUUGGAGGAAGCAAAAGUAGCAUUUCGUAUAGCAACAGAAUUUAUCAAAAGUUGUAUGAAGAAAAUCCUUCAGAGAGUUGUGCAGAUGAGGAAAAUUUUCCAAAUGUAGAAAAAAGUGCUAACUGGAAAUGGGAAGAAACGAUACGACAUGAGAAUCUCACAAAUGGAGAUAGCCCACAGAGUGGACAGAACAAAAUUUUAAACAGACAUGAAUACAUCGAUCUGAAUUUGCUAAACAUCGAUGAAGAAAUUGUGAAUAACUUAAAGGUGAUCCUCAAAAUAGAUAAGCUCUACAUGUAUCAGUACAUAAUUUUUAACGAAAUUUUUGCAAACAAUUGCAAGCAUGUACUUGUAUACAACAAGACAGGAACGGGGAAAACGCUCAGCUACUUGUUACCGUUAAUACAAAAAUUGAUAAAUGAAAAAUUCGACUGUAACAGAAAGAUAUUAAUUUUGACACAGAAUAUUUAUCUCUGCAAACAGUUAUAUAUUUACAUUUUGUCCAUUUACCCCAAUUUAAAUGUGUGCAUUUUGUUCGAUGAACAUGAUCCCUGCGAUCGUGUGAAAAAAAUAAAGCAAGAUGUAAUUGGGAAGGAAGAAUUUACUCACAAACUGAAUGAACAGAAUAAUGAUUUGUAUAGAGAAAACUACGGCAUCCAUUUUUACCUAGCCACGCCAAAUAAAUUAGAGUUUUACAUAAAGAAUUAUAAGAAUACGAAAAAAAAUGAAAAGAACGUCAUGAACAAUAUUUUAAAUUGUGUACACACCAUCGUUGUAGAUGAGUUUGAUUAUUUAGUCGAAAGUAGAAAGUUGAUUUUUAAAUUUAAAAGGGACUUAUUGAACGGGUUUGAUGAUGAGGUGACCGCAAAAAGGAACGAUACUAAGGGGGAAAAUUUUAAUCGUGAAAAUUAUCAAAUAUAUUUGUUCACAGCAAAUAUGAAUGAACUGAUAAGGAAAAAAAUUAACGACCAUUUAUGUGGUUUUGUUUUUUUUGAUUUUAUUAAUGGGGUUAAAGAAGUUAUUCAAAAUAAAGUGGAUGAAGAAAGAGCGAGUGUGUUAAAAAAUUCGCAACAUAUAAUUCAGUUGCUGAGCAGAGAGAACAAGACGUCCAGCCUGUGCAAUUUGAACAUUGCCCACUUUAUAUGCAAAAUAAAUACCCCCUCGAAGUAUAAGUAUGUAUCCUAUUUUUUAAAUGAGUUUUUUUUUUUAAAGAGAAAAAAUGUGUCAGGGAGAAGAGGGACCCACCAGUUGUCCGACAAAAAUGACGAGUGCGAUAGUGACAAGUUGAUCCGGGAUUACAUGGGCAGGAAUCCCCUUGAGGAGAUGGAGAGGGAGAAGGAGGAUAAAAUAAGCAAGUGCAUAAUUUUUGCCAACUCCAAGGAAGAGGUCGAAAAGCUGCACGAGAAUUCCUUCCUGAAGCCCCACUCCGUUAUUAUGCACUCGGAACUGCUAACGUUGCAGAAAAAUGAAAAUAUAAACCUGUUUAAAUUGGGGAAAAAGCCCAUCCUCAUCACGACGGAUAUAGUGAGCAGGGGGCUCGACAUAGACAACGUUAUUUUCAUUCUGAAUUACUCGCCUCCCACGUCCCCAAAUGAUUACAUACAUAGAUCGGGUCGAACCGGAAGAGCGAAAGAAAAGGGAGUCUGCCUAACGAUGUACCAUAAAUAUGAAUAUAAAAAUCUGGACAAGAUAAUGAAGUAUACCAAAAAUAAUUUUCAAGUUAUUUUAUGCCCCCAUGUAGAUGAAGUCUACAAAUUUUCAGUGGACAGUUUGACAGAAAGCAUAAUGAAGAUCGCCCCGGAGGAAUACGAAUUUCUUAAUGAUAGAUCAAAGGAGCUACUAAAAACGCAUGGUACAAAAAUCAUUGCGCAGAUACUCUCCGUUUUGCUAAAAAAUGACAGAAAGGGACACACUGUUUCUCUGCUAUCUGGAAAGAAGAACUACGUCGCCGUUUUGAUAAAGGACCCCUUUUUUGAGGCAAUAAAAAAUAAGGACGAUAUUGUUAACUUGAUGAAAAUCACCACGGGAAACAAAAAUGUGUCAAAUGUUGUCGGAGAUGUGGCCAAAUGUGAUGAGGGCUACAUUGCAGACAUUUCUAACACGCACGUUAAUAAAAUUAUAAGUUUGUUCAAUAGCUCCAACUCGGAAUAUAAGAACAAGGGUGUACAAAUUGACACUGUAAUAGAAUUACCUCCAUUGAUUCGCGAAAAAAAAACCAUCAUAAGAAAAAACAGAAAAGCUCCAUGGAUAAAAUAG